GGCAGCUGAGCCGAGUCCCGGACGGGAGGCGAACCCGUGAGAGACACAACUUUUAAUGUAUGUGGACCGGGUCGAGCCACAGUGGAGUGUCCUUUAUGCAUUAUCCUGGCGGACGUUGUGUCGCGACCGCUCGCUUCUUCUUCUUUUUUUGAUUUGUUCAGUAGCUAAUCUGUUUUUGUCUAAAAAAAAAAAAAAAAAAAAAAAAGCGGUUGUCUCUUUUAUGUGUGCAGCCUUCCUGUGAUUCCAGCAUACAGACACACACAGCAGGCGUGGACUGAGCCAUCGAGUGACUGACUGCAUGGAUCAGACUGAACAUGAAGAGCCUCAAAGCCAAGUUUAGAAAAACUGAUGUGAAUGAGUGGAACAAAAAUGACGAGCGCCUCCUUGCUGCGGUGGAGCAUGGCGAGGUGGAGAAAGUUGCAACUCUCCUCGCUAAGAAAGGUGCCAAUGCUGUGAAGCUGGACAACGAGGGCAAGUCAGCUCUUCAUGUGGCAGCUGCUCGUGGUCAGACGGAGUGUCUGGCUGUGAUUUUGGCACAUGGAGCUGACCUGUCAGUCACUGAUGCGGCUGGUUUUCCUGCUUUACAUCUGGCAUCCAAAAACUGUCAUGUUGAAUGUUGCAGAAAACUCAUACAGAACAAGUGUCCCAUUGAUGCUGUGGACAGUUCAGGAAAGACUGCUCUGCAUCACGCUGCUGCCAGUGGGAACCUCCAGAUCGUUCAGCUUCAGUGUGAACUAAAAAGUCCUAUCAACCUAAAAGAUGCAGAUGGUGUCACUUCCUUGCUGUUGUCAGCCAAACACAAUCAUCCAGAGGUAUGCAGCGCUUUGCUGGACUGUGGUGCUGAAAUCAACACUUCUGACAACACUGGCAGGACAGCCUUGAUGGUUGCUACCGAGUCCAGUGCGGUGUCUGUGGUUGAGGUUUUGGUUCAGCGAGGAGCAGACCUGUCGGCUGUAGACUCUGAAGGUCAUGAUGCCUUACACUACUCCAAGCUGUUGGCCAACUCUGAAGCCAAAACGGCCAUCACGACUGCUCUUAACAGAUUGAUGUACACACCUCAUAGAGAGAAAGAUGCCAAGUCUCCUAAAAGUCCUCAGCAUGAUCAAUUAGCUAGGCUAAGUGAUGAGCGGAUCACAACUCCCAAAAAACGAAAAGCACCUCCACCUCCUAUUAGCCCACUGCAGAGUUCUGGACCCUCUUCCCCCUCAGUCAUGAGCACUCCAGCAUCCAACAAAAGUGACACUUCCAUGAGAUUCAACUACAAGGAGGAUGAUAUCAGAGAAUCAGCAAUGAGAGAGGAGGUGGAGAAGCUCCAUGAGGAGAGAAGCAUGUUGCUGGAGACAAUCGAAGACCUGAGGCAGACUGUGGAGACGGUGACUGGUCCUGAGCUGGAUACAAAGGUAGAACAAACAGCAUCUGCAGCUCUUGUUUCAGCUCUGCAAGCCAGGAUUACUGCUCUUACCUCGGAAAAUCAGCAACUUUCAAACAAACUCAAGAAACAUCCAUCCAUCCAAGGAAAUGAGGAGAUGAAGGAGAACAGUCGUCCAAACAGCAUGAAUUCUAACUCUUCCUUCCACUCCACCCAAGAUGAUUUUUAUACACCACCACAAGUUUCAUCCACCACCCAUGUUGAAGGGAGAGAGCACCCAGGAGUAUGUUCUGUUAAACUGGCGGAUGAGGGGAGUGAAGGUGGGAGCCAGGAGGAGAUCAUACUUUUGAGACAGGCACUAGAGAGCGUUCAGAUAAAACUAGUUGAAACUAGGAACGAAAACCGCGCACUUCAGGCUCAGGUGAGACCCGAGCGAGGCGGAGAAAGAGAGGAGGAUGGAGGCGUACGAGAGAAAGGAAGAGAGGAGGAGUUGAUGGAGAGUUUAGCCGAGCUGCAGGCGAAGCUGACAGACACUCAGGAGAGGUACCACCAUGCUAUGGAGGAGGUAGAGGAUCUAAGAGCACAAAUGGGUGGAGGAGGAGGAGGAGGAGGUGGUGAGCUGACCGAGAAGCAGGAGGCAGUGAGAUGUACAUCUUCCACAUUUGAACAAGAGGUAAGACAGCUGAAGGCCCAGCUCAUCCAGUCAGAGUCGGAGCAAGAUAAAGCAUCUCAGCAGAUCAGACAGCUGGAAGAGGCUCUGAAGAAGACACAAGAGGAGAGACAGAUGGGGAAGGAGAAGGAACAGAGGACUGCACAGACUGAAGAGCUCUACAAGGAGGCAAAAGAGGAAGUCAGGAUGCUUCAGGAGGCUCUGAGGGGAACGGUGCCUGUUGAAGCUGCCGCCAAAGACUUUGAAGAAAUGAAGGCUGAGCUGAACGAGGUCAUUGCAGGACUGCAGCGACGCUUGCUGGAGCUCUCCCACUCCUACAGUGAAACGAAGAGUCAGCUGAGCGCUACUCAGAAAGCGCUGUCGGAGGCCCGAGCUGAGUGCAGCACAUCUUCGUCUCCCUCAUCAGAGCAGGUGCGCAUGCUGGAGGAGACACAGGCGCUGCUAGCUGACGCUCAGUUGAAGUACUCGGCUGCACAAGAAGAGAUUUUAACAUUGAAGCAGGAGGCAGAAGCUCAGGCACAAAGCACUGUGGCCCUCAGCGACCACGCUCAGGUCAUGUCAACCCUGGGAAACGCCAUCAAAGAGCUGGAAGGCGAGUUAGAAUCCCUGAAAGAGCAGCUACACCAAAAGACCAUUCAGGUGGAGGAUCUUCAGAACAGGCUGAAUACCGAAAACAACAUCAGUCCAGCUGACUCAGUAUCCCGGCUGGAGCAUGACAACAUGCGGGAGCAGCUGGAGGGCGAGGUGAACCAUCUGACGCAGCUUCUCCAGGGGGCAUUGAGGAAGCAGGAUGAGAUGGCUCUGGAGGCGGCUGAUGCAUGGCAGAAGGCUCGGGACAAUCGCGCAGAGCGUGAAGCACUGCAGGAGCUGCUGAUGUCGAAAGAGAAGGAGAACCAGACGCUGACCUCCAAACUGGCCGAGUCCCAGGAUGCCGUGUGUCAGCUCAAACAGCUGGUAGAGAAUCACGUUGCCUCAGAGAGGGAGAAAAACAAGAGGAUAGAUGACUUGUCUCGGGAGGUAGGGAAACUAAAGGACGCCUUAAACAGCUUAUCGCAGCUCUCUUACAGCUCCUGUUCCCCCCUUAAGAGACAACAGCAGAAUCAGCAGCUGGAGACACUGCAGCAACAAAUCAAGCAGUUACAGCACCAGAUAGCUGAAUCAAAGAAGCAACACAAUGAAAUAGUGUCAGUCUACAGGAUGCAUCUCCUCUAUGCUGUUCAGGGUCAGAUGGAUGAGGAUGUCCAGAAGGCCUUGAAGCAGAUCCUGUUGAUGUGCAAGAUGCCAAGUCAAGCCAAGGAGGCCUGCUGAGACAGAGUUGGGAGGGCUUCCCAAAAAUGUACCAUCUUUAAAGAAAGGAAAAAAAGCAAAAAAAACAACAACAAAAAAGCCCCACACAUUGUGCCUGUGGAUAAACCUUGAGUAUUUGUAAGGAACAGGUUUACAAUCAUGUGUUCGUUGCCUUUUCUUAAGUCUUUUUGGACCUACAACAUCUUUCACCCCACACGCACAUGGUGAUACGGUGCAUCUCGUCUAAAUGAAAGAGUGACCACAGACAGAAAGAAGAGCCAAGCAGCUAGGCCAUAUGUGGAGAUGAUCCAAGUCCCAGGUGAUCUGAGAUCAGCCAGGUGUCAGUGCAGUCUGCGCAGUGCUCAUUCUGAAGCUCAACAAUACUACAAUAACUUUGCCACAUCCUGCUAAUUCAAACUAGCCUUAACUCAACUUCAAGAAAGAAAGGAAGCAAAAGUAUAAAAAUCUGAACUGCUGCCACUAAUCCACACAUAGCACAUUUGUUGAGAAAUAAGCCAUCACAUUAAAUUGCCAGAACAAUCAAGACAAUGAGAACACGCUUCAGUUCCAGGAUAAAAGCAAAGCCGGAUGGAUCACAUGUUAGGAUCCAGAUACAGAUGGAUGUUCACAACAAAUCUAAACUGGGUUAUUGAGGUUACUGGAAAAGCAGUGGAAAUUUUGGGGAAAUUUUCAUCCAAGGUUACAAAUUUGAGCUUCACGUUGGCCAACUGAUCGCUCAGAUGUAUGCAGUAACCAGGUGAAUCUUUUGUCUAGUGCCCACAUUGACACUACAAACCAAAACUAUCCGGUUCAAGUAAAACACCUGCAAUAGCAGAACUGUGUGCACUAUCACACAAGUAUCUAUGUGUGCACCAAUCAUCCUAAAUACAACUGAAUUUGUUUGUGUUACAGCAUGCUGUCAGUAGUAUUUAUGUUAGAAAACACAAGUGUUAGUAUUAUUUUAAUCUAAAUGUGUCAUGGCUGUCCACUAUUACUUCAUACAGUCUAAAUUACACCAGUGCAUUAGAUUUGACAAACACCGAACCCAAACUCCCACAGAAAUCUUUUCUAGCUGCACUAAUUUGAAAAAAGAGGCAAAUGUUUUUUCUUUUGACGUUUUCACGGACAAGGUGUCCGACGCGAAGCGGAGGACGGUUUGCCUCGCGAAGUCCAUAUAUUUCUGAUAAUGUAGACCUCGAAGGGCAUUAUCCUGCUUAUACCAUGGUCACUUACCAAAAAAUAAAAAAUUAAAUCAGUUAUUCAUGCUUUAAUGUGUUUUCAGUUGAAAUCAUUAGUUUUAUAACAAGCCACAGCUGAGCGGCUGAGCGGACUAUUUAA